GGCAGCAGGAAGUGGCCCGGUGUGGGCGUGUCCCUCGUGUCCGGGCUUUUGUGUCUUGAUUCUGCCCUCUUCUGUCGAAACAGGUACAGAGUCUGUGUCCUCCCUCAUCCAUCCCUCCAUCCAUCCUCCACCUGCAGUCAUGGCCGCCCACCGCCCGCGCGCUCCGUGUCUGCUGCCGCUGCUGCUGCUGACCGUGCAAGUUCUGUCUCAGGACCUCAGUCUCUCGGAUGCCCUGGAUGACUAUAACGAUCCACAGGUCACCACAGUGAAGCCUGGAACAGCAGCAGGGCCAGGAGGAAAAGGACUUUCAAUAGAAGACCUGUUGAAGGUGGGGGGUGUCUCCAUCACCACCAAAGCACCAGCCAGUGUGACACCAAAGGCCCCCAAAAGCACCAGGCAGCCAUCCAAACCCAGGACUAAGCCAGAGGAUGGUGGCUUUGACCUGGCUGACGCCUUGAAGCCCGUACCCGGGGAAAACAACAAGGGGCAAGGAGGUACAUUUUCUGACCAGGAUCUGGUGAACGUGGGUAACGAUGGCUCUUACAAACCCGACAAAGGCAAAGGAUCCGCUGGUGGCAGCAGCCAGAUCAACUCGUCCGACGACACAAACGAGACCACAGCAGAGGUGGGGACCAUCGCUGGGAUUGUGAGUGCGGUCGCCAUGGCGCUGGUGGGAGCGGUCACCAGCUACAUCUCCUACCAGAAGAAGAAGUUCUGUUUCAGUAUUCAGCAGAGCUUGAACGCCGAAAUGAACAAAAAUGAGAGUCCUGAAGGUGUGGUGGCAACAGAACCUCAAGCUUAGACUGUGCUGGAGCAGCCGUCUGGAGGAAGUACUGUGUAGCACAAACAAAGGUCGCCCACCUACGUGCACACCCACCGACCCGCCCACAGACACACACACACACACACAUCAGCACCUGCAAAAAGACAUUGUAACCCUGCAGCUUUGUCCUGUAGAGGCUGGGAUUUGUAGUCCUUCCGAUGAAUGUGUUCAGCAGUAUAUCAAGCCGUCACAGUUGUGCUUCGUGCCGCUGACUUUUUUCACUGUUCAAAUUUGCUCCAAGCUUUUUUUUUGCACUUCUGUAAAUAUUGUUCUUAGUCAAAUUUUAACGUAGAGAUCUCAAGAUGGGUUAAAAAUGUCACAAUUGAAGCAGUAAAAAUGCAGAUGCAGUAUUUCUCAGUUUGAUGAACCUGGAAAAAUGAAAGAACCCUGCUGCAGAUAUUCUAACUUAAUUAGACCAGAUUUAAAAACAAGAAUAUGUUUGUCACCUCAAGUGCAAGGACAGGAACUUGAAGGUUUUCCUCCUGUUUUAUCAAAUUAAUUGAGGUGAUUUUUCUUAAAUGACUCUGGAGGCAGAGACACCUGAACUGUGUUCACUUUGUCAGAACUGUAUGUAUCUGCCUUAAUGCUUCUUGAACUAAAACUUGAAAAAAAGGAAGAAAACACCACAAGAAACACAGAAAAAGGAACCCAGCUUUAGUUUUUGUCCUAAACCUUUCACCAUUAACUCUGUCUGCCAGCUCCACUACAUCCAACCUGGUGCUCUUUGGAACGGCACUUCUGUGCCUCAUCUGUAACCUGGAGCCUACAGAAAUAGAGACAGUUGGAGGUUGAUAAUAAGAAGUGGAGGAUCCACAGAGAGAAGUCAUCUGUAAAAAAGAAGGUCCUGAACGCAUCACCACUUAUGCUAGUCACUAAUAGAUGGCUUAUUUUGUUCAUAGCCAAAUGUAGGACAAUACUUAUGACUUGUGUGUUUUUGUAUGUAAAAAACAAAAGAUAAGCAAUCUGAUUGUUGAGUUUUAGUAAUAGACAAAUGAAAUGUCAUAUGAAUGGGACAUUUUUCCACUGUAACAGAAAUGAAACCAAAAAAACUUUUAGUUUUGUCAGCUUUGUUGCUUUAGUUAAAGUAGGGCUGGGUUAAUAAAAUCUAUUAAUCGAUUUAAGCUUAAUAGAUCAAUAAUCGAUUCAUAAAGUAUCAACUGUUUUCGGAUGUAAAGCUAAAGUCCCCUACCUUGAUGCUAACACUUAAAGAAAUUUCCCAUAGGACGGCUAAUGCUAACGCCAAAACUCUUUUAAGGAAAUGUUUUUUAAAGUAACUAUUUGUGGUUAAAAAGAUUGUUUUCCCUCAUACUUUCUUCUUCUUCUGGAAUAAUAA